AUGUACUGCAGUCAGGUGAAUAAGAGUGACAGCUUUGUCUUUAAUGGCUUCAACGCUGUCACCUUUGGCACCAGGGACUCCUUGAUUGCUCUCCUGUCUGGACAAAGAAUACAAACAUGGAGGCACUUGGCAGGGACUCAUGAAGGAGCCAGAUUUGUUGAUGAAGUGGUGCCAGAGUUUGCUUGGGACACCUUCAGGCAAAAUGGCUAUGUCACAGUCUUCCACGAGGACACUAGUCAUGGUAGUGUGUUCCACAAUAGAACAACUGGUUUCAGAGACCCACCUGUUGACCACAACUCCAGAGUUUUCAUGCUGGCUGAAAACGCUUCUGCCAAGAACUGUCAUUACACUGAACACAUGCACAAGGUUUUCAGAGCCUGGAGGAAGUCAUUGUGGCAGGAAUACCAGGAUAAGUCCAAGUUCAUGGUGGCCCUGGAAACAGACUUUGUUCCAGCUGGGAAAAGAGCAGACAGGAUGUUUUUGGAGACUCUCAAGUGGUUCAAUUACAACUUUGUGUCCAACAGCACUGUUUUGGUGGUCACCAGUGGCCAUGGACUCAUCAACAUGAGAGUGGGGCUCUCCAUUCAAGGAAGGAUUGAGGCUAGAAACCCCCUGCUGUACAUGAAAUUCCCCCCACAGUUCCUGAAAAAGCACCCAGCAGCAGCUAAAAACCUGAGAGUCAACAGAAACAGACUGACUACCCCACUGGACGUCCAUGCCACUUUGGUGAACCUUCUGAACUUUGAUCCCAGAUGUCUGAGUCAUUCAGACUGUCAAACAGGGUUUGCCCACAGUGUCCUGCAACCCAUGAAACCACACAGAACGUGUGCAGAUGCGGAUAUUGGGCCACAUUUCUGUGGCUGUGCCACUUGGUGGGAGUUGCAGGCCAAGGACCCACUUGGUGUCCAAUUGGCACAAGCUGCAGUGGACUACAUCAAUAACUUGGUGCAGCAGGAGUCUCCUGCACCAGGGCUGUGUUCCAGGUUUCAGUUCCUGAAAGUGAAGAGGUUCAUCCAGCUGAAAGGGAAUGUACAGGAAUUCAAACCAAAUCCAUUGGUGAACUAG